AUGGCAACCUGGUUUUCUUCAUGCGCCAUUUUCUUAGUUUUACUACUGCUUUCCCACCAAGGAUCUCCAUCGCAUGCCUCUAAUACCCUCACAGCAAACCAGCAGCUCUCCGGGAACAAGAAGCUGAUCUCUCAGGACGGCAAUUUCGCACUAGGAUUCUUUCAGCCAGCUGAAGGAUCAGAUGGCAAGUGGUACAUAGGCAUUUGGUACAAUGAAAUCUCAGUACAAACCAUAGUGUGGGUGGCUAACAGAGAGAAACCAGUCUCUGAUCCAGUCUCGUCAAACCUAAUAAUCUCAGAUGAUGGAAAUCUUGUCCUUCUAGCUAACCAUUCCAAAUCUCCAACGUGGUCCACCAACAUUAAGAACAACACAGCUGCCAGUUCCACAGUUGCCGUGCUCCUCAACACCGGGAACCUAGUAGUUAGACACAACUCCAAUACCUCCAUUGUGCUGUGGCAAAGUUUUGACGAUUUCACGGACACAUGGCUCCCUGGAAACAAGCUCAGUCGCAACAAGAAAACUGGUGUGAUCAAACGAAUGAUCUCUUGGAAAGACCGUGGUGACCCAGCACCAGGACUGUUCUCCAUUCAGCUGGAUCCUAAUGGCUCACCCCAAUAUGUUCUCCAAUGGAAUAGCUCAAUAGUGUACUGGGCUACUGGUAACUGGAGUGGCAAUGCAUACACUGGCGUGCCAGAGUUGUCACCUACCAAUAAGUAUCCCAACUCAGGAUAUACAUUCCAGUUUGUUGACAAUGAUGUGGAGACAUACUUCACGUACACUGUUAAGAAUGAUGCACAAACAUUUACUAGGGCUAUUGUCGAUGUGUCAGGUUUGUUCCAGGCUUUUGUAUGGACAGAGGCAGCACAAGCAUGGAUUACUUUUUUCACGCAACCAAAAGCUAAGUGCAAUGUCUAUGGAGUUUGUGGGGAAAACAGCAAGUGUAGUGAGAAUGCUGCUUCAUCAUGCAGUUGCCUCAAGGGCUUCAUUGAGAAUUACCCAAACAAUUGGAAACUAGAUGAUCGUACAGCAGGCUGUAGGAGAAAUGUCCCACUGAAAUGCGGGAACAAUGGCUCAGUGAAGACGAAGCAAGACAGAUUCUAUGUGAUUAAUAGUGUGAAGUUGCCAGAUAAUGCACACGGCAUAGAUGCAGCCAAUGUUCGUGCCUGUGAGUUAACUUGCCUGAACAAUUGCUCUUGCACAGCUUACUCUCAUAACGGCACUUGCUUGGUUUGGUACAAUCAUUUGAUCAAUCUGCAAGACAAUAUUGUUGGUUCAAGUGAUAGUAUCUUUAUUAGAUUGGCUGCUUCAGAACUACCCAACUCGGGAACCAAGAAACGGUGGAUCAUUGUAAUCAUCAUUGGUGGGUUUGUUGUUCUAAGUUUUGGAGUGACCAUUUUAUAUUUUUGCCAUAGAAGAAGAAGAAUCAGUGGUAUAAAUCAUGUUGAUGGGUCUUUGAUCAGUUUCAAAUACAGGGACUUGCAAUUCCUAACAAGAAACUUCUCAGAGAGGUUGGGUGCAGGGUCUUUUGGCUCUGUGUUCAAAGGGGUUCUGCCAGACACAACUACAGUGGCAGUCAAAAAGCUAGAGGGCAUUCAUCAGGGGGAGAAGCAAUUCAGGGCAGAGGUGAGCACCAUAGGAAAUAUUCAUCACAUGAACUUGAUUCGGCUGGUUGGGUUUUGUUCUGAAGGAAAGAAGAGAUUGCUUGUUUAUGAGUAUAUGCCCAAUGGUUCACUUGAUAAACAUUUGUUUGGUAGUAGUUCUAUCACUUUCAGUUGGAAAAUAAGACAUCAAAUUGCUGUAGGGAUUGCCAGGGGUUUGGCUUAUCUGCAUGAGGAGUGUCGGGAUUGCAUCAUACACUGCGAUGUCAAGCCACAAAAUAUACUGUUGGAUGCUUCAUUUGUUCCAAAAGUGGCAGACCUUGGAUUGGCGAAGCUACUAGGUCGGGAUUUUAGCAGAGUUCUAACGUCUAUGAGAGGCACCGUGGGAUAUCUUGCACCAGAAUGGAUAAGUGGUGAAGCCAUCACAACAAAGGCUGAUGUUUUCAGCUAUGGAAUGAUGCUUUUCGAGAUCAUAUCAGGAAAGAGAAAUCUGGAACACGCAGAGACAAGCAUGGAAACAUUUUUCCCUGUGUUGGUUGCAAGGAAGCUUCUUGGAGGAGAAGUGCACACACUAUUGAGCACGGAAUUGAUCAACAGCGAGAGUGUAGAGGAGCUAGAAAGAGCAUGCAAGGUUGCUUGCUGGUGUGUUCAAGACAAUGAAAGUUCCAGACCAACAAUGGGGGAAAUUGUCAAAAUUCUGGAAGGUUUGGUAGAUGUUGAAAUGCCACCGAUCCCAAGGUAUCUCCAAGUUCUUGCUGAAGGUUCAAGGUUCAGAGAAUGCAGCUUUUCAUUUAUGUCUCCUCUAUAGUCUAUACAUAUGAGUAUGAUCCUAUAAUGUAGUUAUGAUGAGUGUGGUGUAAAGCUCCCUUAGAUGAACCAAUCCUUACGUUGAGUUGGGAAAUAAAAUAAAUAAAAGGUUGGCACAUUUGGUGUUCUACUUUUGCCACCAGAUCA